AUGAAUUUUGAUCAAGUGGACAUCAACAAGACUGUAAAAGCGCCACUUUCAAGUGGCUUUGGUCCGAUUGAUAGUGAGGGAGGCGAAGUCUUUGAAUUUAAGGCGCACGAAUUUCACUUGGCAACAUCCAAAGGCACGCCUUACCACCCACUGCCAAUUACUGUUAGCACCAGUGAGACCUUCAAACCGGUUACCCUACAGAAAACAUCACCGUUGCGGUUGGCCUCGGAAUAUAAGCGUCUUUCAUUACUUCCUCGAACUUCCAAAGACUCCGGCAAAGUAAUGACUCUGUGCGACAAGAACUUGACCAACACCACCGCAACUCAAGCGAGGCAUGCCGGUACCAUCAAGUUACAAUACACGCUCCGAUUCGAAAAUGGUUGCCAGGCUUUGAAAAUGACGCGCACUGAAUAG